AUGGCAGGCGAAGGUCACCUCAACAACUUCGGAAACGCCAAUUCACCAGGCACAUGGGAGUCCAAUACAGCAGCAAGAGCAGCCACAAUGACUAGACCCAACGUCAUUCUGGAGGCUUUGGAGCCUGGCGGGGAGCCAUGGUUGGAACUGACAUAUGAGGAGGGUCUGAAAGAGAUCGAUGCCUUCUGGCCUUCACCUGAGCUGAAGCCAGAGUCGACGACGACGGUCACAGCACUUGAGGGUCACGUUCAAAGCACGACGCCAGGCGUCGAAGCUGAUAUUAUUGAUGGACUGAUGGACGACAUUGAUGAGAUCGAGCUUUUGGACACCGGUGGCGCGGCGAUCGGGAGCGGCGACGAUAUUUUCCUUGGGGACGACAGCGGCGCAGUAGGCCACGGAAACGAUACCGCCAUGAAAGACGCAUUCCACGUGCGCUCGACCGCUGCAAGAAGUCGUGCCGCGUCUAUCAGCACACCCGACGAUGACGCUCCAAUCGCCAGUCACACCGGCUCGCCAGAGCUUCCGAUUUUCGACCAAGUCGCUCUUACUCCUGCUCGAAGAGAUGGCCACUUGGCAGAUCGUGGCAGUACGGGAAUACCUUCUUCCGAGUUGAGGUCUUCGAUGCAAAAGGAGAUGCAUCACGAAGACGAAGCUGCCAUAUCUGUUGCUAGAGCUCCGACACUGCCUAACGUACCAACAUUGACUGGCCUGGGCCAUGUUAGCACGAGGUCGGAAGGAGAUGGUUUCAAAUCAUUGUUCCAAGCAGUCUAG